CGAGUUACCCGAUCGCCACCCCAAAAACCCGAUUGCCCAGCAUUCAAAUCACAUUCUUACAACAACAAAUAUUGAACGUGGACGUCUUUGCUUCCACGGUUGUUACCUACACAGUUACACUACAAAACCAACCAACUAAUUACAAAUUUCACUUCCCUUAAUUCUGUUAUUAACAAUCUGGGUUCAUCAACAAAUUACCAAAAAUGAGGGUUCUUCACUUGAUCAAACAAAAUCUCAAACCUGUUCUUCACAUUCCAAGAAUCAAUACUGAACCAAAAAUGGUAGAAUUUGGUCUGAUUUUUCAACAGAAAAGAGGGUUUUCAGCAUUACCCAGGAAAUUUAAGGAGGAUGACUCCAUUUUGCCGGUUUUGAUCGUGGGUGCUGGUCCUGUUGGUUUAACUCUCUCUAUUCUUCUCACCAAAUUAGGUGUCAGGUGUGCAGUCUUAGAGAAGAGCAUGUCCUUUUCUACACAUCCUCAAGCUCACUUCAUCAACAACAGGUCCAUGGAGGUCUUUCGCAAACUAGAUUGUCUAGCUGAGGAGAUCCAGCAGUUUCAACCACCCGUAGAUUUGUGGAGAAAAUUCAUUUACUGCACAUCAUUAUCUGGCUCCAUCCUAGGCUCAGUUGAUCAUAUGCAACCUCAAGAUUUUGAGCAAGUUGUCAGCCCAGUGAACGUUGCUCAUUUUUCUCAAUACAAGCUAAUCAGGUUAUUGCUGAAGAAACUAGAAAAUCUUGACUUCAAAAUUCAUGAAGGUGAAAGAGCUGUAAAAGAGAUGGAGAUUUUGAUGGGCCACGAAUGCUUGUCCUUUGCUGUGACUGAUAAUUGUAUUAAUGUUACUUCUUCUUUUCACAAGGAUGGACAAACAUUGAAGAGGAAUAUCCAGUGUGGUUUUCUUGUUGGCACAGAUGGUGCAGGAAGUAUAGUGAGGAGACUUGCUGGAAUAGAGAUGCAAGGUGAUAGAAACUUGCAAAAGUUGGUGAGUGUGCAUUUUACAAGCCAAGACCUGGGAAAAUAUCUACUCAAGGAAAGACCAGGCAUGCUGUUUUUUAUAUUCAAUACUGAAGCAAUCGGAGUUCUUGUUGCUCAUGAUCUUCAGCAAGGGGAAUUUGUUUUGCAGGUACCUUAUUAUCCUCCACAGCAGAAUCUUGAAGACUUCAGUCCCAAGAUGUGUGAGGAUUUGAUUUUUAAAUUGGUUGGUCAUGAGCUUGAAGAUAUAGCUGUACUCGAUAUUAAGCCUUGGGUAAUGCAUGCUGAAGUUGCUGAGAAGUUUUUGUCCUUUGAAAACCAAGUUUUUCUAGCUGGUGAUGCCGCUCAUCGUUUUCCUCCAGCCGGUGGAUUUGGCAUGAAUACUGGGAUUCAGGAUGCUCAAAAUCUUGCUUGGAAGCUGGCUGCAGUUGUCAACGGUAUUGCUCCAACCACACUUCUCAGCACAUAUGAAACAGAACGGAGGCCGAUUGCCAUAUUUAACACUGCACUCAGUGUUCAGAACUUCAGAGCAGCCAUGGAAGUCCCUGCUGCCCUUGGACUUGACCCUACAGUUGCAAAUUCAGUUCAUCGAGUAAUUAACGAGGGUCUUGGCUCGAUUCUACCAUCCAGAGUUCAGAGAGUAAUUUUGGAUGGGCUAUUCAGUUUAGGCCGAGCACAGGUUUCACAAGCCUUUCUGAAUGAGAAAAACCCAGUUGGCUUGUCAAGGCUUGCCAAAUUGAAGCGUAUUUUUGAAGAAGGAAAGAGCCUUCAACUCCAAUUCCCUGCUGAGGAUCUUGGUUACAGGUACAAGGAGGGAGCUCUUGUAUUGGACAAACAUGUCAUACAUGAUGCUGAUGAUGUCCCCACUGGUCGUCGAAGGGAUUAUGUUCCAUCAUCAGAGCCAGGUUUUAGGCUUCCCCAUAUGGAAGUCAGAUCAUUAUCAAGUGUGUCUGCCAAGGAUACCUUUUCAACGUUGGACCUUGUAUCGGGAGAUAAACUCGAAUUUAUCCUCAUAAUAGCACCAGUGGAGUCAUCCUACAAUCUUGCUCAUGCAACACUGAAGGUGGCCGAGAAAUCCAAAGUUCCUGUCAAGGUAUACGUGAUAUGGCCACACAACCGUGCAAACAAUGCUGCACCGUGCACCGUUGGGAAUUACACGAACAUUAUAGAGGUGAAAAGGUCGCCAAAUUCGGCAUCGUGGUGGGAUUUGUGUGGGAUGAAUGAUAGAGGAGCCAUUCUUGUUAGGCCAGAUGAGCAUAUUGCUUGGCGCGCAAGGUCAGAGGUUCGAUACCCUAGUUAUGAAAUGGACAAGGUUUUUUCGGUUGUUUUAGGAAAAGCUUCAUAGGAAGUCCUGGAAAUAUUUUGUUGCACAGGAAGAUUUUAGGGAUACUAUUACAGGAGAUACAUUGUUGAGAUUAUGAAAGUUGGUACAAAAUACAGUACAUAAUACUUUAUAGUAUAGUAUUCCGUACAUUUAUACUCCAUAGUGUAGUAUUUCUCAACAUUGUAGCCAUAGACACAAGUACACAACUCAGUUUCAAGAUAAUUUCAUGUUUUCUCAUUUAUACCUUUCA